CGCCGGAGGCUGCUGACGGCGCCCGGGCUGGAGCGUCUUUGCCGCUCCGGAAGAUGCUGACCACACGGCUCGGGCCGCUGCCGCCGCCGCUGCCUCCGCCUUCCGAGACGCAGCCGCCGAGGCCCGGCGCGGGAGAACCGCCGCUGUGAGCCGCGCGUCCGGGGCCCCCAGCCGCCAUCGCCCGAGGAGCUCAGCGCAGGGGACCGAGCCGGGCAGCCGCCGAGACCGUCCCCGGCCAGCGCCGCCCCGUAGGCCGGGAGGCCGCGGCCCCAGGUUUGCUCCAACAAAAACAAAAACGAUGGCUGCAAAGGAGAAGCUAGAGGCAGUGUUGAAUGUGGCCUUGAGGGUGCCGAGCAUCAUGCUUUUGGAUGUCCUGUACAGGUGGGACGUCAGCUCGUUUUUCCAGCAGAUCCAAAGAAGUAGCCUCAACAACAACCCUCUUUUCCAGUAUAAGUAUCUGGCUCUCAAUAUGCACUAUGUAGGUUACAUCCUGAGUGUUGUGCUGCUCACGUUACCCAGACAGCAUCUGGCUCAGCUUUAUUUAUAUUUUUUGACUGCUCUGCUUCUCUAUGCUGGACAUCAGAUAUCCAGGGACUAUGUCAGGAGUGAACUGGAGUCUGCCUAUGAGGGACCAAUGUAUUUAGAACCUCUCUCCAUGAAUCGCUUUACCACAGCCUUAAUAGGUCAGUUGGUGGUAUGCACCCUGUGCUCCUGCGUCAUGAAGACGAAGCAGAUUUGGCUCUUCUCUGCACACAUGCUUCCUCUGCUGGCACGGCUCUGCCUCGUCCCUCUGGAGACCAUUGUUAUUAUCAACAAAUUCGCUAUGAUUUUUACUGGAUUGGAAGUUCUCUAUUUUCUUGGAUCUAAUCUUUUAGUACCAUAUAACCUUGCAAAGUCUGCAUACAGGGAAUUGGUUCAGGUCGUGGAGGUGUACGGUCUUCUCGCCUUGGGAAUGUCCCUGUGGAACCAGCUGGUCGUCCCUGUGCUGUUCAUGGUCUUCUGGCUUGUCUUGUUUGCUCUUCAGAUUUAUUCCUACUUCAGUACCCGGGAUCAGCCUGCAUCACGAGAGAGGCUUCUCUUCCUCUUUCUGACAAGCAUUGCUGAGUGCUGCAGCACUCCGUACUCUCUUCUGGGCCUGGUCUUCACGGUUUCUUUUGUCGCCUUGGGUGUCCUCACACUCUGCAAGUUUUACCUGCAGGGAUAUCGCGCCUUCAUGAACGAUCCUGCCAUGAACAGGGGGAUGACAGAAGGAGUAACUCUGCUGAUCCUGGCGGUACAGACCGGGCUCAUAGAGCUGCAGGUGGUCCACCGUGCGUUCCUGCUCAGCAUCAUCCUCUUCAUUGUCGUCGCCUCCAUCCUGCAGUCCAUGUUAGAGAUUGCAGAUCCCAUCGUUUUGGCCCUGGGAGCAUCUAGAGAUAAGAGUCUGUGGAAACAUUUCCGAGCCGUGAGCCUCUGCUUGUUUCUGCUGGUGUUCCCAGCGUACAUGGCCUACAUGAUUUGCCAGUUUUUCCACAUGGACUUUUGGCUGCUCAUCAUCAUCUCCAGCAGCAUCCUCACCUCUCUCCAGGUUCUGGGAACACUUUUUAUUUAUGUCUUAUUUAUGGUUGAAGAGUUCCGAAAAGAGCCAGUGGAAAACAUGGAUGAUGUCAUCUACUACGUGAAUGGCACCUAUCGCCUGCUGGAGUUCCUUGUGGCCCUCUGCGUGGUGGCCUAUGGUGUCUCGGAGACCAUCUUUGGAGAGUGGACUGUGAUGGGUUCCAUGAUCAUCUUUAUCCAUUCCUACUACAACGUGUGGCUGCGGGCCCAGCUGGGCUGGAAGAGCUUCCUUCUCCGCAGGGACGCUGUGAACAAGAUCAAGUCGCUGCCUAUUGCCACGAAAGAGCAGCUUGAGAAACACAACGACAUUUGUGCCAUCUGUUACCAGGACAUGAAAUCUGCUGUGAUCACGCCUUGCAGUCACUUCUUCCAUGCAGGCUGUCUCAAGAAAUGGCUGUAUGUCCAGGAGACCUGCCCUCUGUGCCACUGCCAGCUCAAAAACUCCUCUCAGCUCCCAGGGUUGGGGACAGAGCCUGCUCCCCAGCCUCCUGCUGGAGCUGAGCAGAACACCGUGCUUCCGGAAGGCCCCGAACCUCCAGACCCUGAGCAUCCUGCAGGGUCUGCGAUACAGGACGGUUCUGGGGACAGUAGUGAGCACGUCACCAGAGGACCAGGUAGCCAGGAAGGGACUGUUGUCCCCAGAGAGGGUCCUCAGAGUGCAGAAGAUGAAGCACGACCCUGUGAGUCAGCCUAGAGGAAAAAAAGCAGGUGCAGAGCUUCGGUGCUCUGGAGGAUGUGGCUCAGGUUGGAAUGCACGCUCAUACCUGAGGAGUGAGGGGAUGAGAAGAUUGGCUGGACAUUGACAUUCCAAGGAUCUACUCCAGGCGGCGCUCCGAAGAAGCUACCUGCUUUCAUCCCCCUUCACGGUAUAGGAGAAAUUAAUCAAAAUGUAUUUCUGUGUUCUCUGCUGAUGUUUUAUAGAGGUUUGCCAAGAAAGUUCAACCUCCUUCAGAAGUGGCCCCUGAUUUGUGAGGGCUGAUAAAUUCAAUCAGGUGUGUGUUCCAAAGGGGCUCAGAGGGUCAAGAGCAGGAGAGCAGUGUGGGAAGAGACAGGCAGGGGUGGAGCCAAGGACAGGAUUGGUCUGGUUAUAAAAUGAUAGCGACCAGCCCUUUUCUCCACCCCCACCCCCUUUCCUUCAGUUGUUCGGAACUCGGUCAGGUGAUUCUGGAAUUUUGUACAACACUGCAAUGAAAUCAAAGAUGUAGAAGCAUUGAUUGUAUUCCAAGAUUGAAGCGAGUGUACUUUCUGUGUGCUUCAGAGAAGGGGGUGGGUGGGUGCUGGGCCUUGCGGGUGCAUUCAUGUAACCGGAGACUCCUGAACUUUAUGAUGGGGUCGUCAUUAUUUUGAUGUAUAUGGAACUUUUGUUAAUAUAGUGUAUACUUUGUUGGCUGUGUGACGUAAACUAAAACGCCGAUGAACACUUUGGAGUCCACUAUAACAAAGGAGGCCAAAGUGGGAGGGGCUUUAGGGCACUGAUAAAGGCCCCUGGUGUACUUACCAAUCCUGUGUAAUGUGUAAUUCUUGAAACUGAAUCAAAAACAGUAUUAAAUUAUGGCAAUAUUUGCACUUUGGGAAUGAGUACAUCAGUGUAUGAUCACACUCUGCAAAUGCCACUUUUAAAGCUGUUAAUAGACUUUUGCACCUUUUCUUUGACAAGGAUGUGUCAUAUUUAAAUUUUUACAUUCAUCAUGGCUACAGGUAGAACCGGGGAGGGGGGAAUGUAAUUUUUUAUGGGAAUUUUGAUAUGAAAAGGAACUAGUCAUUUAUUUAUACAAUAGACUUGGCUCAAAAAGUGUUUUUCAGACUUGGUAUUCCUAACGUGGGAUGUGAUUUUAUUUUUUUUUAGUAGCAAAUUUGGAUGUAGACCGACAGACAUAGCUGAAUGUCUUAAUAAACUUAAAUUUGAAGAUAA